GGUUUCCCCCGCUGGCAGCUGGCCCUCCUGGUCGGAACCCCCAUAGUGCUGGGUGUAGGAGCCGUUUACCUGUGGAACCGCAACAAGCCCAAGGACACACCCGGGAAAAGCAAUGGGGUACGGACAACUCCAGAAGGCAGCGCCAGCCCCGUCCAGGGCCAAGACGGAGCCCGUCGCGAACUGGAGGACAUGGUAUGAAUCUCAACCACUCCUAGAUAUCACUCUGCCCUGCAGGUUUUCUGCUUGAGGAUGAUUUUAUCACUACCGAAAUACAUUCAAGGGCACAGGUAGUCAAUGAGUCACACCUGCAUUUAGCGGUUGGCUGGUAGCUAGGUAACGUUAACUAGUUAGGUGACUUAUUUAGCUAACGUUAACUAGCUAGAAAUGUCGCCAUAGACAAGCAUGUAUUACCGAUCCUAUCCACAGCAGUAUUCAGCGUGGUAUGACCAAACCGUGUAGGUAGUUAACUCACUAGUUCUCCUAAAAUGGGGGCGGGCUAGACAUUAGGUUAGUUGAGUUGCCAUACUAGUUUUGUUACUAGUUGUCUUGCUAGAAGUUAGCGACCCAACCGUUCAUGCUUAGCCACAUUGAGCACGGUUAGGUGCACACAAUAAUGCGAUUCUUGUGGCUAGUCAGGUUAAUAUAUUAGAAAAUCGCCAAUCAAAAUAAACGUUCUACCACAGUAACAUUUUAUUUUUGCGAAUACGAUUUGAUUCUGAGUUCGGACAUAUCAAGUUGUAUGUGAAAACUAUUUAUAAGAUGCAUACUGGAUAAGCGCUUUUGCUAAAUGACAAAAAUGUAAACUGUGAACCAACUGUAUUAGUUUAGGGCAGGGGUGUCAAACUCAUUUUAGCUCAGGGGCCACAUGGAGGAAAAUCUAUUCCCAAGUGGGUCGGACCGGAAAAAUCAUGGUAUAUAUAUAUAACUUAAAAACAACAACUUCAGAUUGUUUUCUUUGUUUUAAUACGAUCAACAUACAACAUAAAGCUGGAGCCUGAGGACAGUGUGUCCAAAAUAGUACAAGCACAACAUCACUAUUAAUCAUAAAACACAUCAAGUUUAUUUGAAAAUUCUAAAGAAAAAGAACACACAAACACACAAUGCCUCAGUGAUUAACAGAACUGUUUCACAGAUCACAGAACUAUAUCAGGGUGUCAUUUCUCAGGCAGAAAUGUAGAUAAAAAUAAUUCCCCAAACAAGUGCAAGAACCACAGAGUCAAGAAUAGGUUAAAUAUACAAAUAAAAUAAAAUCAAUUAAAAACAAUAGCACAUCAACAUAAAAACAUAUAAACAUAAAUCUGAAAGCGUUGCUCAAACUCCCGUAACAGUCCCGUUAUUUUAUCUUUGAACCGCUUCAUGUCUGCCACAUGUUGGGUCGCGCACACAUUUUUCAGACAGGGGAAGUGAGCUGCAUCACCACCGGCAAGUUGCGUCUCCCACAAUGACAGCUUCAACUUGAAAGAACGUAUGCUGUCAUAAUACUGCGUGACAACUUUGUUGCGCCCUUGCAGCUGUUUGUUCAAGUUAUUCAGGUGCUCUGUAACAUCCACCAUAAAUGCAAGGUCCGGCAUCCAUUCUGCGGAAUGAAAUUCUAACACUGGUUUGCCCUUUUCUUCCAUGAACUGUUCAAUUUCUUCUCGUAAAUCAAAGAAACGCCUCAGCACAGCACCUCGGCUUAACCAUCUUACCUCAGUGUGGUAUGGCAGGCCAUAGAUGUGGUCUUUCUCUCUGAGAAGGCUGUCAAACUGACGGUGAUUCAGGCUUCUGGAUCGGAUGAAAUUAACAGUUUGGAUGACCACCUUCAUGACGUUAUCCAUCUUUAAUGACUUGCAACACAAAGCCUCCUGGUGCAAAAGUCAAAAAGUGAAAAGUCAAAAAAUCACGUCCCUUGCAGAUUGCACUUUCUCUCUGAACUUUGUCACAACGCCUUCUUUUUUCCCUAUCAUUGAGGGCGCACCAUCUGUAGCCAGGCUGACAGCGCGGGACCAGUCCACUCCGACCCUGUCCAGCGCGCCGACGAGUGCGGUAAAAAUAUCAGCUGCUGUCGUUGUAUCUGUCAUCGGCACCAACUCCAUGAACUCCUCGGUGACGGUCAAUGUGUCAUCAACUCCGCGGAUGAAAAAAUGGCCAGUUGUGCAACAUCUGUAAUGUCCGUGCUUUCAUCAAUUGCAACCGAAAACGCAAUAAAUGACUUUACUUUUUGCUUCAACUGGCUGUCCAAAUCCACUGAAAGAUCGGAAAUCCUGUCUGCAACUGUGUUUCUUGUCAGGCUGAUAUUUGCAAAAGCCUGCCGCUUUUCAGGGCACACAAUCUCCGCUGCCUUCAUCAUGCAUGUUUUUACAAAUUCACCCUCACUAAAUGGUUUUGAAGCCACUGCGAUUUCAUUAGCAAUGAGGUAGCUAGCUUUCACUGCAGCGUCACUGAUGUCUCGGCUGUGAGUAAACACAGACUGCUGUUUCUUCAGACCCGCCAACAGUUCAUUCACCUUCUCUCAUCUCCGCUGUCCUUGAAAGUUGUCAUAUUUGUCGGCAUGAAGACUCACAUAGUGGCGACGAAGGUUAUAUUCUUUCAGCACUGCAACAUGCUCUGAACACACCAAACAUACAGCUUUCCCAUUCAAUUCCGUGAUUAAAUAGGAUGACCAUUUUUCUUGGAACACUCUGCACUCUGCGUCCACUUUUCUCUUUUUUGACAGAGACAUAUUGGGGCAAUGAGGGUGCCAAAGCACAUAAUGUUAAAAGUAGAAGCCGUAUUAAAUAUUGUGGGCAAAACAAAGUAGCUCAUUGGCUGCACGUGCUUGACCUACUUGCUCUGCCCCGGUAUAAACAGUUUGCUUGCUUAACACAAUUGCUAUUGCGCCAUCCAGUGGACGCAAUUGGAACAGCAGUUUAUUUUAUUGAAAAAUUGCAGCGCGUUUUUAUACUUUACUUUUUUUUUUUUUUUUAUCAUCUCGCGGGCCGGAUUAAACCCGUUUGCGGGCCUGAUCCGGCCCGCGGGCCGUACGUUUGACACCCCUGGUUUAGGGGCAUGUCAAAUAUACAUUAAACAUUCAUGGACAUUUAGCAACUUGCUAAUUUGUCCUGGGAGAUGAACAUUGGGUUGUUAUUCUACCAUGAAAUGCAUAUGGUCCUUUUAUUUUAUUGUUGCUGCAUCUUUGCUACAAGCUUGGCACAUCUGUAUUUGGGGAGUUUCUCCCAUUCUUCUCUGCAGAUCCUCUCAAGCUCUGUCAGGUUGGAUGGGGAGCGUUGCUGCACAGCUAUUUUCAGGUCUCUCCAGAGAUGUUUGAUCGGGUUCAAGUCCGGGCUCUGGCUGGGCCACUCAAGGACAUUCAGAGACUUGUCCCGAAGCCACUCCUGCGUUGUCUUGGCUGUGUGCUUAGGGUCGUUGUCCUGUUGGAAGGUGAACCUUCGCCCCAGUCUGAGGUCCUGAGCGCUCUGGAGCAGGUUUUCAUCAAGGAUCUCUCUGUACUUUGCUCCGUUCAUCUUUGCCUCGAUCCUGACUAGUCUCCCUGUCAGGGAUGCAAAGUAGUCACCUUCCGGCGAAAUUCGCCAUUUUGAGUCCAAAAUAGGUAACCUACGUGAUUCGUAUAUAUCCGUUGAGAAUGUUUUAUUUUUUUAUUUUUUAUGGGGGGGGGGGGGGGGGGGGGGGUUUAGAUCACUACUGGCUGUCAGUGAACCAGUGAUGCACGUUUGGAGCAAUACAGGCUAUAUCACCAGGUUGCAUCCCUGCCAGUCCCAUCCGCUGAAUAACAUCCCAACAGCAUGAUGCUGCCACCACCUUGCUUCACCGUAGGGAUGGUGCCAGGUUUCCUCCAGACGUGACGCUUGGCAUUCAGGCCAAAGAGUUCAAUCUUGGUUUCAUCAGACCAGAGAAUCUUGUUUCUCAUGGUCUGAGAGUCUUUAGGUGCCUUUUUGGCAAACUCCAAGCGGGCUGUCAUGUGCCUUUUACUGAGGAGUGGCUUCCGUCUGGCCACUCUACCAUAAAGGCCUGAUUGGUGGAGUACUGCAGAGAUGGUUGUCCUUCUGGAAGGUUCUCCCAUCUCCACAGAGGAACUCUGGAGCUCUAUCAGAGUGACCAUCGGGUUCUUGGUCACCUCCCUGACCAAGGCCCUUCUCCCCCGAUUGCUCAGUUUGGCCGGGCGGCCAGCUCUAGGAAGAGUCUUGGUGGUUCCAAACUUCUUCCAUUUAAGAAUGAUGGAGGCCACUGUGUUCUUGGGGACCUUCAAUACUGUAGAAAUGUUUUGGUACCCUUCCCCAGAUCGGUGCCUCGACACAAUCCUGUCUCGGAGCUCUAUGAACAAUUCCUUCAACCUCAUGACUUGGUUUUUGCUCUGACAUGCACUGUGAACUGUGGGAAUUUACAACAGGUGGACUCCAAUCAAGUUGUAGAAACAUCUCAAGGAUGAUCAAUGGAAACAGGAUGCACCUGAGCUCAAUUUCGAGCUGUAACGUAACAAAAUGUGGAAAACGUCAAGCGGUCUGAAUACUUCUGAAUGCACUGUAAUAUGUGUGAAAUGCUUGAUAGUUUAUGUGAUGUAAACAGAGAGGUCUACUUUCUUGGGGACCUGAAUAUUGACUGGUUUUCAUCAAGCUGUCCGCUCAAGAGGAAGCUUCUCACUGUAACCAAAAAAAACAGUGCCUGUAAUCUGGUUCAGGUUAUUAAUCAACCUACCAGGGUGUUUACAAACACUACAGGAACAAGAUCAUCCACAUGUAUUGAUCACAUUUUUACUAAUACUGUAGAACUUUGUUCUGAAGCUGUAUCCGUACCCAUUGGAUGCAUGAUCACAAUAUAGUGGCUAUAUCCAGGAAAGACAAAGUUCCAAAAGCUGGGCCUAAAAUAGUGUAUAAGAUAUCAUACAAAAUAUUUUGCUGUGACUCUUAUGUGGAUGAUGUUAAAAAUAUGUGUUGGUCUGGUGUGAUUAAUAAGGAGCAUCCAGACGCUGCACUUGAUGAAUUUAUGAAAUUGCUUCUUCCAAUUAUUGAUAAACAUGCACCUGUUAAGAAACUGACUGUUAGAACUGUUAAGGCUCCAUGGAUUGAUGAGGAAUUGAAAAACUGUCUGGUUGAAAGAGACGGGGCAAAAGGAGUGGCUAAUAAGUCUGGCUGCACAUCUGACUGGCUGACUUACUGCAAAUUGAGAAAUUAUGUGACUAAACUCAACAAAAAUAAAAAAUAAACUCUUAUGAAGCUAAGAUCAAUGAUAUAAAGAAUGAGGAAUAAACAACAACUUGACUUAAAAUGAAAUUAUGGGCAGAAAGACAAAUUCAACUCCAUCUUUUAUCGAAUCAGAUGGCUUAUUCAUCACAAAACCAUUUGAUGUUACAAAUUAUUUUAUUGAUUACUUCAUUGGCAAAGUGGGUACUUUGUAAAGUUAAUGUGGGAGAGGUAGAAACAUUGUUAUUGGUCAGUAAUGACGAACCUCCUGGCAUUGACAACUUAGAUGGAAAGCUACUGAGGAUGGUAGCUGACUCUAUAGCCACUCCUAUCUGUCAUAUCUUUAAUCUGAGCCUAGAGGAAAGUCUUUGUCCUCAGGCCUGGAGGGAAGCCAAAGUCAUUCUGCUACCCAAGAGUGGUAAAGCGGCCUUUACUGGUUCUAACAGCAGACCUAUCAGCUUGCUGCCAGCUCUUAGCAAACUGUUGGAAAUAUUGUGUUUGACCAAAUACAAUGCUAUUUCUCUGUAAACAAAUUAACAGCAGACUUUCAGCAUGCUUAUAGGGAAGGGCUCUCAACAUGUACUGCACUGACACAAAUGACUGAUGAUUGGUUGAAAUACAUUGAUAAUAAGAAGAUUGUGGGAGCUGUCCUGUUAGAUUUCAGUGCAGCCUUUGAUAUUAUUGACCAUAACCUGUUGUUGAGAAAACGUAUGUGUUAUGGCUUUUCAAACUCUGCCAUAUCGUGGAUUCACAGCUAUCUAUAUAAUAGAACUCAAAGGGUUUUCUUUAAUGGAAGCUUCUCUGAUGUCAAAGUGUGGUGUACUGCAGGGCAGCUCUCUAGACCCUGUACUCUUUUCUAUUUUUACCAAUGACCUGCCGCUGGCAUUAAACAAAGCAUGUCACUGACCACCUUCCGGAGACAAUUGAAACCUUACCUCUUUAAGGAAUACCUGGAAUAGUAUAAAAGUAAUCCUUCUACCCCUCCCCCCCAUAAAAACAAAAAGUGGUUGUCCUACUGGCUAUCAUAAGUCAAAUGCACCAAUUUGUAAGUCGCUCUGGAUAAGAGCGUCUGCUAAAUGAUGUAAAUGUAUGCUGAUGAUUCAACCAUAUACGCAUCAGCAACCACAGCUAAUGAAGUCGCUGAAACCCUUAGUUGCAGUCUGUUUUGGAAUGGGUGGCCAGUAAUAAACUGGUCCAGAACAUCUCUAAAACUAAGAGCGUUGUAUUUGGUACAAAUCAUUCCUUAUGUUCUAGACCUCAGCUGAAUGGUAAUGAAUGGUGUGGCUGUUGAACAAAGUUGAGGAGACUAAAUUACUUGGCGUUACCUUAGAUUGUAAACUGUCAUGGUCAAAACAUAUUGAUUCAAUGGUUGUAAAGAUGGGGAGAGGUCUGUCUGUAAUAAAGAUAUGCUUUGCUAUUUUGACACCACACUCCAAAAAGCAAGACCUGCAGGCUCUAGUUUUGUCUAAUCUUGAUUAUUGUCCAGUCAUGUGGUCCAGUGCUGCAAGGAAAGACCUAGUUAAGCUGCAGCUGGCCCAGAACAGAGUGGCACGUCUUGCUCUUCAUUGUAAUCAGAGGGCUGAUAUAAAUACUAUGCAUGCCAGUCUCUCUUGGCUAAGAGUUGAGGAGAGACUGACUGCAUCACUUCUUCUUUUUAUAAGAAACAUUAAUGUGUUGAAAAUCCCAAAUUGUUUGCGUAGUCAACUUACACACAACUCUGACACACACACUUACCCCACCAGACAUGCCACCAGGGGUCUUUUCACAGUCCCCAAAUCCAGAACAAAUUAAAGAAAGUGUACAGUAUUAUAUAGAGCCAUUAUUGCAUGGAACUUCGUUCCAUCUCAUAUUGCUCAAAUGAACAGCAAACCUGGUUUCAGAAAACAGAUGACGCAACACCUCACGGCACAACGCCUCUCCCCUAUUUGACCUAGAUAGUUUAUGUGUGUUUAUUGAUAUAUAGGCUACGUGUGCCUUUUUUAAAUUGAUGUAGUUCUGUCCUUGAGCUGUUUUUGUCUAUUAAUGAUCUGUAUUAUGUCAUGUUUUGUGUGGACCCCAGGAUGAAUAGUCAGCUGACGGGGAUCCUAAUCAAAAGUCGAAUGUCACAGUUGUUUCAAGGCUUUAAAAAAAUCCUUCUUUACCCUGUUUCUUCCCCUUCAUCUACACGGAUCUAAUUGGAUUUAAAAAGUGACAUCAUUAAGGGAUCAUAGCUUUCACCUGGAUUCACCUGGUCAGUCUGUGUGAUGGAAAGAGCAGUGUUCUUAAUGUUUUGUCCACUCAGUGUAGAUGGUAAUGGUAACCUAUGUGUUGUGAAUCAGAAAAUGCCUCACAGCGAUCCACAUAGGUGUGCUUUUAAUUUAAUUGCUGUGGAAACAAUGUAUCCUUUUUGUUCUAAAGUGUUUCACCAUUAACUCUGUCUCCCUUCCAUUCUGUAGAGUCCUCUGGACCGGGCCCAGGGUGAUACUAACUCUGUCUCCCUCCCUUCCAUCCUGUAGAGUCCUCUGGACCGGGCCCAGGGUGAUACUAACUCUGUCUCCCUUCCAUCCUGUAGAGUCCUCUGGACCGGGCCCAGGGUGCUAAGAACAAGGGCAACAAGUACUUCAAGGCUGGGAAGUAUGAGCAGGCCAUCCAGUGUUACACAGAGGCCAUCGGUCUGUGUCCUAGAGAGAACCAGACAGACCUGUCCACCUUUUACCAGAACAGAGCUGCUGCCUACGAACAGCAGGUUAGUGACAACUAUCACCACGGCAACCAUUCAUUAUGAUGCUCUGUAUGUGUUCUUGUGGGUUUAUAGCAGUGGAGGCUGGUUAGGGGAGGAUGGCUCAUAGUAAUAGCUAGAAUGGAAUUAAUGGAAUGGUAUCAAACAUGGAAACCAAACCAUCAUUAAUUCCAUCCCAGUUAAACCAAACCAUCAUGUGUUUGAUGCUGUUUCAGUUAAACCAAACCAUCAUGUGUUUGAUGCUGUUUCAGUUAAACCAAACCAUGAGCCCAUCCUCUGGUUUUCAAGUGUCACCAGCCACCACUGGUUUAGAGUGGAGAACUGUUGUAUGCAAAUGUGUUUCUGGGUGUUAACAUUAACUAUGUGUUUCUGGGUGUUAACAUUAACUAUGUGUGUUUCUGGGUGUUAACAUUAACUAUGUGUGUUUGUGGGUGUUAACAUUAACUAUGUGUGUUUGUGGGUGUUAACAUUAACUAUGUGUGUUUGUGGGUGUUAACAUUAACUAUGUGUUUGUGGGUGUUAACAUUAACUAUGUGUGUUUGUGGGUGUUAACAUUAACUAUGUGUGUUUCUGGGUGUUAACAUUAACUAUGUGUGUUUGUGGGUGUUAACAUUAACUAUGUGUGUUUGUGGGUGUUAACAUUAACUAUGUGUUUUGUGGGUGUUAACAUUAACUAUGUGUUUGUGGGUGUUAACCAUUAACUAUGUGUUUGUGGGUGUUAACAUUAACUAUGUGUGUUUCUGGGGUGUUAACAUUAACUAUGUGUGUUUGUGGGUGUUAACAUUAAACUAUGUGUGUUUGUGGGUGUUAACAUUAACUAUGUGUGUUUGUGGGUGUUAACAUUAACUAUGUGUGUUUGUGGGUGUUAACAUUAACUAUGUGUGUUUGUGGGUGUUAACAUUAACUAUGUGUUUGUGGGUGUUAACAUUAACUGUGUGUUUGUGGGUGUUAACAUUAACUAUGUGUGUUUGUGGGUGUUAACAUUAACUAUGUGUGUUUCCAGAUGAAGUGGACAGAGGUGGUGCAAGACUGUACCCAGGGUUAGGGUUUCAUGUGGUAGUGUACCCAGGGUUAGGGUUUCAUGUGGUAGUGUACCCAGGGUUAGGGUUUCAUGUGGUGGUGUACCCAGGGUUAGGGUUUCAUGUGGUGGUGUACCCAGGGUUAGGGUUUCAUGUGGUGGUGUACCCAGGGUUAGGGUUUCAUGUGGUAGUGUACCCAGGGUUAGGGUUUCAUGUGGUGGUGUACCCAGGGUUAGGGUUCAUGUGGUGGUGUACCCAGGGUUAGGGUUUCAUGUGGUGGUGUAACCAGGGUUAGGGUUUCAUGUGGUGGUGUACCCAGGGUUAGGGUUUCAUGUGGUGGUGUACCCAGGGUUUCAUGUGGUGGUGUACCCAGGGUUUCAUGUGUGGUGUACCCAGGGUUAGGGUUUCAUGUGGUGGUGUACCCAGGGUUAGGGUUUCAUGUGGUGGUGUACCCAGGGUUAGGGUUUCAUUGUGGUGGUGUACCCAGGGUUUCAUGUGGUGGUGUACCCAGGGUUAGGGUUUCAUGGUGGUGGUGUACCCAGGUUUUCAUGUGGUGGUGUACCCAGGGUUAGGGUUUCAUGUGGUGGUGUACCCAGGGUUUUCAUGUGGUGGUUUUACCCAGGGUUAGGGUUUCAUGUGGUGGUGUACCCAGGGUUUCAUGUGGUGGUUUUACCCAGGGUUUCAUGUGGUGGUGUACCAGGUUAGGGUUUCAUGUGGUGGUGUACCCAGGGUGUUAUGGUGGUGUUGUACCAGGUUUCAUGUGGUGGUGUACCCAGGGUUAGGGUUUCAUGUGGUGGUGUACCCAGGGUUUCAUGUGGUGGGUACCCAGGGUUAGGGUUUCAGUGGUGGUGACCCAGGGUUAGGGUUUCAUGAUGGUGGUGUACCCAAGGGUUAGGGUUUCAUGUGGUUGGGUACCCAGGUGUUAGGGUUUCAUGUGGUGGUUGUACCAGGGUUAGGGUUUCAUGUGGUGGUGUACCCAGGGUUAGGGUUUCAUGUGGUGGUUGUACCCAGGGUUAGGGUUUCAUGUGGUGGUGUACCCAGGGUUAGGGUUUCAUGUGGUGGUGUUACCCAGGGUUAGGGUUUCAUGUGGUGGUGUACCCAGGGUUAGGGUUUCAUGUGGUGUGUACCCAGGGUUAGGGUUUCAUUGUGGUGGUUACCCAGGGUUAGGGUUUCAUGUGGUGUGUUCCCAGGGUUAGGGUUCAUGUGGUGGUGUACCCAGGGUUAGGGUUUCAUGGGGUGGUGUACCAGGGUUAGGGUUCAUGUGGUGGUGACCCAGGGUUAGGGUUUCAUGUGGUGGUGUACCCAGGGUUAGGGUUUCAUGUGGUGGUGUACCCAGGGUUAGGGUUUCAUGUGGUGGUGUACCCAGGGUUAGGGUUUCAUGUGGUGGUGUACCCAGGGUUAGGGUUUCAUGUGGUGGUGUACCCAGGGUUAGGGUUUCAUGUGGUGGUGUACCCAGGGUUAGGGUUUCAUGUGGUUGUGUACCCAGGGUUAGGGUUUCAUGUGGUGGUGUACCCAGGGUUAGGGUUUCAUGUGGUGGUGUACCCAGGGUUAGGGUUUCAUGUGGUGGUGUACCCAGGGUUAGGGUUUCAUGUGGUGGUGUACCAGGGUUAGGGUUUCAUGUGGUGGUGUACCCAGGGUUAGGGUUUCAUGUGGUGGUGUACCCAGGGUUAGGGUUUCAUGUGGUGGUGUACCCAGGGUUAGGGUUUCAUGUGGUGGUUUUCAUGUGGUGGUGUACCCAGGGUUAGGGUUUCAUGUGGUGGUGUACCCAGGGUUAGGGUUUCAUGUGGUGGUGUACCCAGGGUUAGGGUUUCAUGUGGUGGUGUACCCAGGGUUUAGGGUUUCAUGUGGUGGUGUACCCAGGGUUAGGGUUUCAUGUGGUGGUGUACCCUGGGUUAGGGUUUCAUGUGGUGGUGUACCCAGGGUUAGGGUUUCAUGUGGUGGUGUACCCAGGGUUAGGGUUUCAUGUGGUGGUGUACCCAGGGUUAGGGUUUCAUGUGGUGAUGUACCCAGGGUUAGGGUUUCAUGUGGUGGUGUACCCAGGGUUAGGGUUUCAUGUGGUGGUGUACCCAGGGUUUCAUGUGGUGGUGUACCCAGGGUUAGGGUUUCAUGUGGUUAUGUGUUAACAUCAACGGUCUGUGUUUCCAGAUGAAGUGGACCGAGGUGGUGCAGGACUGUUCCCAGGCUGUAGAGAUGAACCCUCGCUAUAUCAAGGCCCUGUUCAGGAGGGCCAAGGCCCUGGAGAGACUGGACAACAACAAGGAGUGUCUGGAAGGUAUGGCAAACACACAUAUAUACACACACACACACACAGUGCUAUGAAAAAGUAUUUGCCCCCUUUCUAAUUUUCUCUACUUUUGCAUAUUUGUGAUACUGAAUGUUAUCAGAUUUUCAACCAAAACCUAAUAUUAGAUAAAGGGAACAUAAGUGAACAAAUAACACAACAAUUACAUAUUUAUUUCAUAAACAAAGUUAUGCAACACCCAAUUCCCCUGUGUGAAAAGUUAUUGCCCUCUUACACUCAGUAACUGGUUGUGCCACAUUUAGCUGCAAUGACUCCAACCAAAUGCUUCCUGUAGUUGUUGAUCAGUCUCUCACGUCGCUGUGGAGGAAUUUUGGCCCACUCUUCCAUGCAGAACUGCUUUAACUCAGUGACGUGUGGGUUUUCAAGCAUGAACUGCUUGUUUCAAGUCCUGCCACAACAUCUCAAUUGGGAUUAGGUCUGGACUUUGACUAGGCCAUUCCAAAACUUCCAAUUUGUUGCUUUUUAGCAAUUUUAAUGUAGACUUGAUUGUGUGUUUUGGAUCAUUGUCUUGCUGCAUGACCCAGCUGCGCUUCAGCUUCAGCUCACAGACGGAUGGUCUGACAUUCUCCUGUAUAAUUCUCUGAUACAGAGCAGAAUUCAUGGUUCCUUCUAUUAAGGCAAGUCGUCCAGGUCCUGAGGCAGCAAAGCAUCCCCAAACCGUCACACCACCACCACCAUGCUUGACCUUUGGUAUGAUGUUCUUACUGUGGAAUGCAGAGUUUGGUUUUCGCCAGGCAUUACUGGGACCAUGUCGUCCAAAAAGUUAUACUUUUGAAUCAUCUGUCCAUAGAACGUUCUUCCAAGAGUCUUGAUGAUCAUCCAGGUGCUUUUUGGGUCCCAUUAUGCCUGGUGAAAACCAAACACUGCAUUCCACAGUAAGAACAUCAUACCAAAGGUCAAGCAUGGUGGUGGUGGUGUGACGGUUUGGGGAUGCUUUGCUGCCUCAGGACCUGGACGACUUGCCUUAAUAGAACCAUCCGUCUGUGAGCUGAAGCUGAAGCGCAGCUGGGUCAUGCAGCAAGACAAUGAUCCAAAACACACAAUCAAGUCUACAUGAAAUAGCUAAAAAGCAACAAAUUGGAAGUUUUGGAAUGGCCUAGUCAAAGUCCAGACCUAAUCCCAAUUGAGAUGUUGUGGCAGGACUUGAAACGAGCAGUUCAUGCUUGAAAACCCAUACGUCACUGAGUUAAAGCAGUUCUGCAUGGAAGAGUGGGCCAAAAUUCCUCCACAGCAACGUGAGAGACUGAUCAACAACUACAGGAAGCAUUUGGUUGGAGUCAUUGCAGCUAAAGGUGGCACAACCAGUUACUGAGUGUAAGGGGGCAAUUACUUUUUCACACAGGGGAAUUGGGUGUUGCAUAACUUUGUUUAUGAAAUAAAUAUGUAAUUGUUGUGUUAUUUGUUCACUUAUGUUCCCUUUAUCUAAUAUUUGGUUUUGGUUGAAGAUCUGAUAACAUUCAGUAUCACAAAUAUAUAUAUAAUAUACACACACACACACUGGACAACAAGAAGGAGUGAGUGGAAGGUGUGGCUUACUCAGACUUGUUCAGCUUUACUGUCAAUGGCUGCUUCCCAAAUACACCCUUUUCCCUAUAUAGUGCACUACAGUUGACCAUAGCCCUGUGGUCCCUGGUCAAAAGUGCUCUAUAUGGGGAAUAGAGAGCCAGUUCGAACGUGAUCAAUGAUUCUCCUGUCCUGUUGGCAUUCUUUAAAGGCAUAUGAUACCACAACAGGUCAAGUAACUAGGGAAUCCCCAUAUAUUCCUUCCUGCUUCCCCCCCCCCCCCCCUCCUGUUCCUGUAGAUGUGACGGCGGUAUGUAUCCUGGAGGCCUUUCAGAACCAGCAGAGUAUGCUGUUAGCAGACAAAGUCCUCAAACAGCUGGGGAAGGAGAAGGCCAAGGACCAGUACAAGGUGAGAGGAUGUCCCAGCUCCCAGCUCUCCUGCUGAUCCUUACUGAAGGCCUUGAGUAAUGGUGGCUUUUAACUGCUCUGAAAUGCUCUCCUUCUCUGUGGGUCUGUGUGAUCUGUGGGAAAUAUGUGUCUCUAAUAUGGUCAUACAUUUGGCAGGAGGUUAGGAAGUGCAGCUCAGUUUCCACCUCAUUUUGUGGGCAGUGUGCACAUAGCCUGUCUUCUCUUGAGAGCCAGGUCUGCCUACGGCGGCCUUUCUCAAUAGCAAGGCUAUGCUCACUGAGUCUGUACAUAGUCAGGGAUUUUCUUAAUUUUGGGACAAUCAGUGGUCAGUUAUUCGGCCACUGUGUACCCUCUGUUUAGGGCCAAAUAGCAUUCUAGUUUGCUCUGUUUUUUGAUUGAUUAUUUCCUUUGUGUCAAAUAGUUAUCUUUUUGCUUUAUCAUAAGUUGGUUUGGUCUAAAUGUGUUUCUGUCCUGGGGCUCUUUGGGGUGUGUUUGUGAACAGAGCCCCAGAACCAGCUGGCUGAGGGGACUCUUCUCCAGGUUCAUCUCUCUGUAGGUGAGGGCUUUGUAGUGGAAUGUGUGGGCAUCGCUUCCUUUUAAGUGGUUGUAGAAUUGAACAGCUCUUUUCUGUAUUUUCAAUAACUAGCGGGUAUAGUCCUAAUUCUGCUCUGCAUGCAUUGUUUGGGGUUUUGCGUUGUACACGAAGUAUAUUUUUGCAGAGUUCUGCAUGCAGAGUCUCAAUUGGGUGUUUUCCAAUUUUCACCUGGAAUGCUUUUCCAACAGUCUUGAAGGAGUUCCCACAUAUGCUGAGCACUUGUUGGCUGCUUUUCCUUCACUCUGCCGUCCGACUCAUCCCAAACCAUCUCAUUUGAGUUGAGGUCGGGGGAUUGUGGAGGCCAGGUCAUCUGAUGCAGCACUCCAUCACUCUCCUUCUUGGUAAAAUAGCCCUUACACAGCCUGGAGGUGUGUUGGGUCAUUGUCAUGUUGAAAAACAAAUGAUAGUCCCACUAAACCCAAGCCAGAUGGGAUGGCGUAUCGCUGCAGAAUGCUGUGGUAGCCAUGCUGGUUAAGUGUGCCUUGAAUUCUAAAUAAAUCACAGACAGUGUCACCAGCAAAGCACCCCCACAUCAUAACACUUCCUCCUCCAUGCUUUACGGUGGGAGCUGCACAUGCAGAGAUCAUCCGUUCACCCACACCGCGUCUCACAAAGACACGGCGGUUGGAACCAAAAAUCUCAAAUUUGGACUCCAGACCAAAGGACACAUUUCCACCGGUCUAAUGUCCAUUGCUUGUGUUUCUUGGCCCAAGCAAGUCUUUUCUUCUUAUUGGUGUCCUUUAGUAGUGGUUUCUUUGCAGCAAUUUGACCAUGAAGGCCUGAUUCACACAGUCUCCUCUGAACAGUUGAUGUUGAGAUGUGUCUAUUACUUGAACUCUGUGAAGCAUUUAUUUGGGCUGCAAUUUCCGAGGCUGGUAACUCUAAUGAACUUAUCCUCUGCAGCAGAGGUAACUCUGGGUCUUCCAUUCCUGUGGUGGUCCUCAUGAGAGCCAGUUUCAUCAUAGCGCUUGAUGGUUUUUGCGACUGCACUUGAAGAAACUUUCAAAGUUCUUGACAUUUUCCGUAUUGACUGACCUUAAUGUCUUAAAGUAUUGAUGGACUUUCGUUUCUCUUUGCUUAUUUGAGCUGUUCUUGCCAUAAUAUGGACUUGGUCUUUUACCAAAUAGGGCUAUCUUCUGUAUACCGCCUCUACCUUGUCACAACACAACUGAUUGGCUCAAACGCAUUAAGAGUGAAAGAAAUUCCACAAACUUUUAAGAAGGCACACCUGUUAAUUGAAAUGCAUUCCAGGUGACUACCUCAUGAAGCUGGUUGAGAGAAUGCCAAGAGUGUGCAAAGCUGUCAUCAAGGCAAAGGGUGGCUAUUUGAAGAAUCUCAAAUAUAAAAUAUAUUUUGAUUUGUUUAACACUUUUUUGGGGUUACUACAUGAUUCCAUAUGUGUUAUUUCAUAGUUUUGAUGUCUUCACUAUUAUUCAACAAUGUAGAAAGAAGUGAAAAUAAAGAAAAACCCUUGAAUGAGUAGGUGUUCUAAUACUUUUGAUCGGUAGUGUAUAGUCAAGGCAUUAUUCCACAAGGACUCAGGUGGCAAAAUGAACCGUCAUUGGGACAGCACACAGAUGACUUCUGCAAGCGCUGGUGUGCCAUCCUGGACAAAUGCUCUAUUGAUUUAAUGACAUUAAUCGUUUACCAGUUGAAAAAUGAUUUUAUUGAAAAGGAAUACGAUUGAAGAGAAACGCACAGCUCUGCAAGGAGCUGUUAAUGAUGAUGGCAUAUUCAAUGAACUGAUAAACUAACCAAGCGCUCCAGGACAAGUUGUCUACAGAAAUAAAGGGACAGAGUCUGCUUCUGGAGAAACCCUGACGAGGUUCUGCUCCUCCUCUCCAUGACAGACGCAGGAGGGAGGCCGCCAACUUCUCUCCACUCCUGUCUGACCAACGCUCUACAACCAGCGCCUCAUCCGCUUCCAGUGGCAGGUUUUAUCCAACGAGAGACUGGGCCGACGGAAGCGCGGAGGUGGCCGCGGUCACGCGUACCGAUGAGAUGUCGUACCCGACGAGAUGUCGUACCCGACGGGGUAAGAAGAAAUGACUACCAGAGGCAGAGGGGACCGUUCACACGAUCCAAGAACCCACAGGACUGAGUGUCUUUAAUUUAUCAAGCAAGAUAUUGAGUCCUGCCCAUGUCUCCUCGCUUAAUAAAGGGUUAUCUUUUGUGCCUACAACUCAGUGCAACGAUUUCGAUGUUAAGGUAGACAUGUUUACGUUUUUUCAGAAACGUCUGUUUAAGGGAAUACUUUAGCUCCCCUAAUCGUGGUAUUUCAACUGAACAUGUAGGCUGCUCAUCUGCACAUCCUCCGACUCCUUUUAGAAGGAAGAGUUAUUUUGUACCUCCGGCCAAUCGCAAUCACUCUAUUGAGACAUAUUGCAGACUGGUUGAGAAAGAUCUCCUUCAGAACAAACCUGAGUACAAAUCUUUCCAUAAUUUUAAUAAGGAUGAAAAACAAGCUUUGCUUGAUUUACAAUCCGAUACGUCAGUCCUCAGCAGGGUGGGUCGGUUGUACUCAUAGAUAGGACAGUUUAUGUAAAUGAUCAUAGGCAACUGCUUGACAACACCUUUUACAAGAAACUCAGAAGUGACCCCACUUCCCAAUUUCAGAACACUAUCUUUACUGUCUGAGAUGGGUAUUUAAGUUCUGGUCAAAUCACCAAAAAAUAACAACUUUUUGGCUAUUCAACACCCUAAAAUUGCCACUUUCUAUACUUUUACGAAAAUACACAAAAAUUUUACAAAAACUCCAGGGCGCACUAUUGUAGCGGGCAUUGAUGCGGUAACGGCUCCUUUAUCAUUGAUGCGGUAACGGCUCCUUUAUCAUUGAUGCGGUAACGGCUUCUUUAUCAUUGAUGCGGUAACGGCUCCUUUAUCAUUGAUGCGGUAACGGCUCCUUUAUCAUUGAUGCGGUAACGGCUUCUUUAUCAUUGAUGCGUAACGGCUGCUUUAUCAUUGAUGCGACAACUCCUUUAUCAUUGAUGCGACAACUCCUUUAUCAUUGAUGCGGUAACGGCUCCUUUAUCAUUGAUGGACUUUAGUUUUCUCUCCUCUCCCUCUCUUCUCCCUCUCUCUUCUCUCGCUCUCUCCCCUCUCUCCUCUCCCUCUCUCGUCUCCCCCUCUUCUCUCUCUCCUCUCCCUCUCUCGUCUCCCCCUCUUCUCUCUCCCCUCUCUCCUCUCCCUCUCUCGUCUCCCCCUCUUCUCUCGCUCUCUCUUCUCCUCGCUCUCUCCCCUCCUCCUCUCCCUCUCCGUCGUCUCCCCCUCUUCUCUCUCCCCUCUCUCGUCUCCCCCUCUUCUCUCUCCCCUCUCUCCUCUCCCUCUCCAUCGUCUCUCCCCCUCUUCCCUCUUCUCUCUCUCGUCUCCCUCUCUCGUCUCCCGCUCUCUUUUUCCUCUCUAUCCAGAACCGUGAGCCCCUGAUGAUUUCUCCUCAAUUCAUAGUCUUCUCUUUCCCUCUAUCCUCUGUAGCUCAGCUGGUAGAGCACGGCGCUUGUAACGCCAAGGUAGUGGGUUCGAUCCCCGGGACCACCCAUACACAAAAAAAAUGUAUGCACGCAUGACUGUAAGUCGCUUUGGAUAAAAGCGUCUGCUAAAUGGCUUAUUAUUAUUAUUAUUAUUAUUAUUAUUAUUAUUAUCUUCUCUCUCUCCAGAACCGUGACCCCCUGAUGCCUUCUCCUCAGUUCAUCAAGUCCUACUUCAGCUCCUUCACCGAUGACAUAAUCAGCCAGCCGCUCCAGAAGGGCGAGAAGAAGGACGAGGACAAGGACAACGAAGGCGAGGCCACAGAAGUCACAGAAAGGUCAGAGGUCACACUGUGAUGUCACUUCCUGUCCUGUAUGUUGCUCUGGAUAAAAUACUAAAAGUGCGUUCCAAAUGGCACCCUAUUCCCUAUAUACCAUAGUGUCUGUACCAGGGUUCAACAUACUGAACGGUGCAGAUAAAAAUGCCAUGAAUACUAGGUAAUAGGGUGCCAUUUGUUGCUCUUUGUAAAAAUACUAAAGUCAACCCUAAUCCUCUUUUUCCCUCUCCUGUCUCUCCAUCGUCCAUAGCUCUGGUUACCUGAAGGCCAAGCAGUACAUGGAGGAGGAGAACUAUGAUAAGAUUAUCAGUGAGUGCACUAAGGAGGUGGAGUCUGGGGGCCGGUACACUGCUGAGGCCCUGUUGCUACGGGCAACCUUUUACCUACUCAUCGGCAACGCCACAGGCGCCCAGCCCGACCUGGACCGGGUCAUCAACAUGGAGGACGCCAACGUCAAGGUAGUGGAGAUGAGCUGGGGUCAGGGUGUUGUUGGGGUCAGUGUGUGAGGGGGGCUGGGGUCAGGGUGUGAGGGGGGCUGGGGGGCUGGGGGGGUCAGGGUGUGAGGGGGGGCUGGGGGGGUCAGGGUGUGAGGGGGGCUGGGGUCAGGGUGUGAGGGGGGCUGGGGUCAGGGUGUGAGGGGGGGCUGGGGGGGUCAGGGUGUGGAGGGGGGCUGGGGUCAGGCUAAAAUGCUUGCUCCCUAACCUAACUUCCUUUCAUGUGCCACGAUAUGCCUGGCCAGCUAGGUAACAUUAGCCUUCUACAUCUAGCUGCAUGUUAUACGUCCAUCCUCUCAGUCCAGGGGCACAAUGAAUGAAUUAAUGGUUGGAUCAGAAUUGCUGUGAUAAUCAUUGGCCAGUACGGAGAAUUAAGUAAAACCAAAUCCCUGUCUCCAUCCAUGGCAAAUUUAGGAAAGGGACAAUUUUAGCUAGCUAGCUAGCCACUGGAGGACAACAACACAACCAGAUGCAACAAUUCAGGUUGUUUUCUGUCAAUAAUUCCGUUUUGGCCUGUAAUGUGAUUGGUCUGAAGCCAGGACCAUUCACUCCGUUUAGCUCAACGCUUUUUUUUUUUCUUUUUUUUUAUUUCACCUUUAUUUAACCAGGUAAGCCAGUUGAGAACAGGUUCUCAACGCUAAUUGGAUUGGCUUAAACAUUUUUAUCAGGCAUUCAGUGCUACGGGCGGUAACAAUGUCUCUUUCUGACAUCAUCAGACAGAGACAGAGACACUGUUUAUCCGGUGAGAUACAUUCAGCCUUAUGAAACACAGAGACAAUAAAGAAGAUACAUUAUUGAUUGAUUUUAGCCUUCCCUUGGCCUUCCCUUGGCCUUCCCUUGGCCUUCCCUUGGCCUUCCCUUGGCCUUCCCUUGGCAUCCAUGAAUAUUGCAAAUAAAACCUAAUGACCUGUUUUUGCUUUGUCACUAUGGGGUAUUGUGUGCAGAUUGAUGAGGGGAAAAUUAUGUAAUCCAUUUUAGAAUAAGGCUGUAAUGUAACAAAAUGUGGAAAAAGUCAAGGGGUCUGAAUACUUUCCGAAGGCACUGUACACUUAAUUGUUUGAAACCUAUGAAGCCUUACCUUGCUUCAAAGUAGCCUAGCCAAAUUUAGGCUUAUCUGUGAAGAUAAUUAUUUUAUAUAAACUUUCUAUCAUUGUCCAGUAGCCAAAGGCACAAUUCUAGUCAUAUUAGCAACCCUAGUUGUUGCAUAUUAGAUCUCCCCUCUUUCUAGAUGUCUAAUGGAUAUUUUCAUCUCUGUCACAUGAAACCGCUCUCAUGUGCAGCGCCCUUUUGACAACGGUGUUUUCCCCGCUAAUUGCAUUAUGGAACGAACAUUCACACGUAGACUACUUCCUUUUGCGCAUUGCUGCACUUAUAAUGUGAAUAAAUAAUAGUUUAUCAAUAUUUUAAGCUAAAUGUUCUGAUCUGUUGCAUCAGCCUCAUUGCUUUUUAAAGUUUUUUUAUGUAACCUAGGUCUACUGUAUGGAUGAACUUGGGAUCCAUCGUCCCACAACUCUCCCAGAGUCUGUUUGGAAUAGGCUAUUUCUUUCUUGACAAGCUGACCAAUAGAAUAGGUAAACGUUUCUACUAUGGGGAAAGUAGAUUGACCGAGGCUAAUGAUUUGGCUGUUCGUUACUCGUCUUGUUGGCUGAGGAACAGUAAAUGUGGACAGUUAUUCUAGCAUCUUCAAAGUGCACAUCGUUGCAUCCUCCACUUGCAUGUUCUGUUAAUAUGAAUUACCAUCAUCUUAAAGUGAUUUCUGUCAUUCUGAGCACCGUGGGUGUACGCCCUAAUCAGGUUACGCUCCCAUGCAUAUGGGUCCAGUAGAUUUCUCAAAUGUCCGGUAAAUAAAAAUGCUGCCAGUCAAAUGUCCUAGAGGAGUAUCUGGUUCAGUCUGCUUUCCACCAGACACUGGGAGACUAGAGGUAAACCCUGGUUCAGUCUGCUGUCCACCAGACACUGGGAGACUAGAGGAAACCCUGGUUCAGUCUGCUGUCCACCAGACACUGGGAGACUAGAGGAAACCCUGGUUCAGUCUGCUGUCCACCAGACACUGGGAGACCUAGAGGAAACCCUGGUUCAGUCUGCUGUCCACCAGACACUGGGAGACUAGAGGAAACCUGGUUCAGUCUGCUUUCCACCAGACACUGGGAGACUAGAGGAAACCCUGGUCCAGUCUGCUGUCCACCAGACACUGGGAGACUAGAGGAAACCCUUGGUUCAAGUCUGCUUUCCACCAGACACUGGGAGACUAGAGGAAACCCUGGUUCAGUCUGCUGUCCCACCAGACACUGGGAGACUAGAGGAAACCCUGGUCCAGUCUGCUGUCCACCAGACACUGGGAGACUAGAGGAAACCCUGGUUCAGUCUGCUUUCCACCAGACACUGGGAGACUAGAGGAAACCCUGGUUCAGUCUGCUGUCCACCAGACACUGGGAGACUAGAGGAAACCCUGGUUCAGUCUGCUGUCCACCAGACACUGGGAGACUAGAGGAAACCCUGGUUCAGUCUGCUUUCCACCAGACACUGGGAGACUAGAGGAAACCCUGGUUCAGUCUGCUGUCUGGGAGACUAGAGGAAACCCUGGUUCAGUCUGCUUUCCACCAGACACUGGGAGACUAGAGGAAACCCUGGUCCAGUCUGCUGUCCACCAGACACUGGGAGACUAGAGGAAACCCUGGUUCAGUCUGUUUUCCACCAGACACUGGGAGACUAGAGGAAACCCUGGUUCAGUCUGCUUUCCACCAGACACUGGGAGACUAGAGGAAACCCUGGUUCAGUCUGCUUUCCACCAGACACUGGGAGACUAGAGGAAACCCUGGUUCAGUCUGCUUUCCACCAGACACUGGGAGACUAGAGGAAACCCUGGUUCAGUCUGCUUUCCACCAGACACUGGGAGAUGAAUUCACCUUUCAGCAGGACAAUAACCUAAAACACACGGCCAAAUCUACACUGGAGUUGCAUAACAAGAAGACGGUGAAUGUUCCUGAGUGGCCGAGUUACAGUUUUGACUUAAAUCUACUUGAAAAUCUAUGGCAAGACCUGAAAAUGCCUGUCUAGCAAUGAUCAACAACCAAUUUGAUGGAGCUUGAAGAAUAAAAAAAAAAAAAAAAUGGCUAAAUGUUGUACAAUUCAGGUGAGGAAAGAGACUUAGAGACUUACCCAGAAAGACUCACAGCUGUAAUCGCUGCCAAAGGUGCUUCUAACGUGUUGACUCAGGGGUGUGAAUACUUAUGUAAAUUAGAUAUUUCUGUAUUUAAUUUUUCGAUAAAUGUGCAAAAAUGUAUAAAAACAUGUUUUCACUGUGGGGUGUUUUCACUGUGGGGUGUUUUCACUGUGGGGUGUUUUCACUGUGGGGUAUUAUGUGUAGAUGGGUGAGGGGGGGAAAAAACACUUUAAUCCAUGUUGAAUUCAGGCUGUAACACGUGGAAUAAGUCAAGGGGUCUGAAUACUUUCUGAACACUACGUUAUUUAGCCAGUCUAUCAGUGUUUUGGGCCGUCUGUACGUUUUUAAAGUUGGUUUUGUGUUUAUAGCUUAAAUCAUUUAAGCGCUAGAGCUAUAUAGUGCACUACUUUAGACGAGCACUCAUACCCACAGGGCUCUGGUCUAAAGUAGUGCACUAUAUAGGCAAUAGGGUGUCAUAGGGCUCUGGUCUAAAGUAGUGUACUAUAUAGGGAAUAGGGUGUCAUAGGGCUCUGGUCUAAAGUAGUGUACUAUAUAGGGAAUAUGGUGCCAUAGGGCUCUGGUCUAAAGUAGUGCACUAUAUAGGGAAUAGGGUGUCAUAGGGCUCUGGUCUAAAGUAGUGUACUAUAUAGGGAAUAGGGUGCCAUAGGGCUCUGGUCUAAAGUAGUGCACUAUAUAGGGAAUAGGGUGUCAUAGGGCUCUGGUCUAAAGUAGUGCACUAUAUAGGGAAUAGGGUGUCAUAGGGCUCAGGUCUAAAGUAGUGCACUAUAUAGGGAAUAGGGUGCCACAGGGCUCUGGUCUAAAGUAGUGCACUAUAUAGGGAAUAGGGUGCCAUUCUCUGGUCUAAAGUAGUGCACUAUAUAGGGAAUAGGGUGCCACAGGGCUCUGGUCUAAAGUAGUGCACUAUAUAGGGAAUAGGGUGUCAUAGGGCUCUGGUCUAAAGUAGUGUACUAUAUAGGGAAUAGGGUGUCAUAGGGCUCUGGUCUAAAGUAGUGUACUAUAUAGGGGAUAGGGUGUCAUAGGGCUCUGGUCUAAAGUAGUGCACUAUAUAGGGAAUAGGGUGUCAUAGGGCUCUGGUCUAAAGUAGUGUACUAUAUAGGGAAUAGGGUGCCAUAGGGCUCUGGUCUAAAGUAGUGCACUAUAUAGGGAAUAGGGUGUCAUAGGGCUCUGGUCUAAAGUAGUGCACUAUAUAGGGAAUAUGGUGUCAUAGGGCUCAGGUCUAAAGUAGUGCACUAUAUAGGGAAUAGGGUGCCACAGGGCUCUGGUCUAAAGUAGUGCACUACAUAGGGAAUAGGGUGCCAUUCUCUGGUCUAAAGUAGUGCACUAUAUAGGGAAUAGGGUGCCAUUCUCUGGUCUAAAGUAGUGCACUAUAUAGGGAAUAGGGUGCCAUUCUCUGGUCUAAAGUAGUGCACUAUAUAGGGAAUAGGGUGCCAUUCUCUGGUCUAAAGUAGUGCACUAUAUAGGGAAUAGGGUGCCAUUUGGGACAUACCCUCUGUCUGAGAGAUCUAUAUGAGUCUGACUGACAGACAGGGCCGUGGUGGGUGUGUCUGUUUCAAAAGCUGGAAGACAGGUGCUUUACUGAUCUCAUCAGAGAGGAAUGCUCUGCUCUGCUGCUCUGCUCUGCUGCUGCUCUGCUGCUGCUCUGCUCUGCUGCUGCUCUGCUGCUCUGCUGCUGCUCUGCUCUGCUGCUGCUCUGCUGCUGCUCUGCUCUGCUGCUGCUCUGCUGCUGCUCUGCUGCUGCUCUGCUGCUGCUCUGCUCUGCUGCUCUGCUCUGCUGCUCUGCUCUGCUUCUGCUCUGCUCUGCUCUGCUGCUGCUCUGCUCUGCUGCUCUGCUCUGCUCUGCUCUGCUCUGCUCUGCUCUGCUGCUGCUCUGCUCUGCUCUGCUCUGCUGCUGCUCUGCUCUGCUCUGCUGGGGUGGUUCUCCUUUCUACGUCAGAUAGUAUAUCUUAUCUUCUUACUGAGACCUUACAUACAUGGAACGCAUCCAAGAUGAGAAAAAGAGAGAGGAAGGAGGGAGAGGCAGAACGAGACAUAGAGAGAGAUGGGGAAGGAGAAAAGAAUAAAUAUAAUAAUAGUAUGUAAGAAAUCUAAAGUGUUGCUUUGCCUUCAGCAAGCACACUGAACGUAACAUGUAAAGUGUUGGUUCCAAGUUUCUUCGGCUGACAUUAAAAGAUCCCAGACAUUUUCCACACGCACAAAAAGCUUAUUUCUCUGAAAUUGUGUGCACACAUUUGUUUACAUCCCUGUUAGUGAGCAUUUCUCCUUUGCCAAGAUAAUCCAUCCACCUGACAGGUGUGGCAUAUCAAGAAGCUGAUUAAACAGCAUGAUCAUUACACAGGUGCACCUUGUGCUGGGGACAAUAAAAGGCCACUCUAAAAUGUGCAGUUUUGUCACACAACACAAUGCCACAGAUGUCUCAAGUUUUGAGGGAGCGUGCAAUUGGCAUGCUGACCGCAGGAAUGUCCACCAGAGCUGUUGCCAGAGAAUUAAAUGUUCAUUUCUCUACCAUUAGCCACCUCCAUCGUUUUAGAGAAUUUGGCAGUACGUCCAACCGGCCUCACAACCGCGGACCACGUGUAACCAAACCAGCCCAGGACCUCUACAUCCUGCUUCUUCACCUGCGGGAUCGUCUGAGACCAGCCACCGAACAGCUGAUGAAGCUGUGGGUUUGCACAACUGAAGAAUUUCUGCACAAACUGUCAGAAACCGUCUCAGGGAAGCUCAUCUGCGUGCUCGUCGUCCUCACCAGGGUCUUGACCGACUUCAGUGGGCACAUGCUCACCUUCGAUGGCCACUGGAGAAGUGUGCUCUUCACAGAUGAAUCCCGGUUUUUUUCUGUACCGGGCAGAUGGUAGACAGUGUGUAUGGCGUCGUGUGGGCGAGCAGUUUGCUGAUGUCAACGUUGUGAACAGAGUGCCCCAUGGUGGCGGUGGGGUUAUGGUAUGGGCAAGCAUAGGCUACGGACAAUGGCAUUUUUUCGAUGGCAAUUUCAAUGCACAGAGAUACCGUGAUGAGAUCCUGAGGCCCAUAGUCAUGCCAUUCAUCUGCCGCCAUCACCUCAUGUUUCAGCAUGAUAAUGCACGGCCCCAUGUCGCAAGGAUCUGUACACAAUUCCUGGAAACUGAAAAUGUCCCAGUUCUUCAAUGGCCUGCAUACUCACCAGACAUGUAUGUGAUGCUCUGGAUCGACGUGUACGGCAGCGUGUUCCAGUUCCCGCCAAUAUCCAGCAACUUCGCAGAGCCAUUGAAGAGGAGUGGGACAACAUUCCACAGGCCACAAUCAACAGCCUGAUCAACUCUAUGUGAAGGUGAUGUUGUGCUGCAUGAGGCAAAUGGUGGUGACACCAGUUACUGACUGGUUUUCUGAUCCACGCCACUACCUUUUUUUUAAAGGUAUCUGUGACCAACAGAUGCAUAUCUGUAUUCCCGGUCAUGUGAAAUCCAUAGAUUAGGGCCUCAGUUCCUCCUCUCUGUACCACGUUCAUCUGUACAAACAAUAGUACUCAAGUAUAAACACCAUGGGACCACGCAGCCGUCAUACCACUCAGGAAGGAGACGCGUUCUGUCUCCUAGAGAUGAACGUACUUUGGUGCGAAAAGAGCAAAUCAAUCCCAGAACAACAGCAAAGGACCUUGUGAAGAUGCUGGAGGAAACAGGUACAAAAGUAUCUAUAUCCACAGUAAAACGAGUCCUAUAUCGACAUAACCUGAAAGGCUGAUAAACAACGAAGAAGCCACUGCUCCAAAACCGCCAUAAAAAAGCCAGACUACGGUUUGCAACUGCACAUGGGGACAAAGAUCGUACUUUUUGGAGAAAUGUCCUCUGGUCUGAUGAAACAAAAAUAGAACUGUUUGGCCAUAAUGACCAUCGUUAUGUUUGGAGGAAAAAGGGGGAGCUUGCAAGCCGUGGAACACCAUCCCAACCCUGAAGCACGGGGGUGGCAGCAUCAUGCUGUGGGGGUGCUUUGCUGCAGGAGGGAUUGGUGCACUUCACAAAAUAGAUGGCAUCAUGAGGAAGGAAAAUUAUGUGGAUAUAUUGAAGCAACAUCUCAAGACAUCAGUCAGGAAGUUAAAGCUUGGUCGCAAAUGGUCUUCCAAAUGGACAAUGACCCCAAGCAUACUUCCAAAGUUGUGGCAAAAUGGCUUAAGGACAACAAAGUCAAGGUAUUGGAGUGGCCAUCACAAAGCCCUGACCUCAAUCCUAUAGAACAUUUGUGGGCAGAACUGAAAAAGCGUGUGCGAGCAAGGAGGCCUACAAACCUGACUCAGUUACACCAGCUCUGUCAGGAGGAAUGGGCCAAAAUUCACCCAACUUAUUGUGGGAAGCUUGUGGAAGGCUACCUGAAACAUUUGACCCAAGUUAAACAAUUUUAAAGGCAAUGCUACCAAAUACUAAUUGAGUGUAUGUAAACUUCUCACCCACUGGGAAUGUGAUGAAAUAAAUAAAAGCUGAAAUAAAUCAUUCUCUCUACUAUUAUUCUGACAUUUCACAUUCUUAAAAUAAAGUGGUGAUCCUAACUGACCUAAGACAGGGCAUUUUUACUAGGAUUAAAUGUAUUUGGCUAAGGUGUAUGUAAACUUCCGACUUCAACUGUAUAUCGCAAGUGAAAUAGCAAUAUUUGGUAGUUAAAUCACAAUUAGAUUUGUGGUACUGCCCAGACCAGGUGGCUGUGUAGUUAAUAUAGCUAGCAGCUCUUCUUUCUCUUAGUCCUGCCAGCUGGGGGCCAAUGGCAGUAUGUACACACCUCUCUGACUAAAACCCUGUCUCUGUCCUGUCUCUGGUCCUGCUAGCUGAGGGCCAAUGCUCUGAUCAAGCGUGGCAGCAUGUACAUGCAGCAGCAGCAGCCUAUGAUGUCAACGCAGGACUUCAACAUGGCCGCUGAGAUCGACACGCGCAACGCAGACGUCUACCACCACCGGGGACAGGUACGGAUGUCUCUAUCAAUAUCCCAAAUGGUACCCUAUGCCCUAUUUCUACUUUUGACCAGCGCCCAUAGGGUGAUUCAGCCCAUAGGCCUCUAAAUAGGAAAUAGGGUGAAUAUUGGGAUGUUAUUGGGGCAAAUAAGCAGUCCGAUGCAUUAAGUCACAUGUCAUUCCCAUGAUCAUUGGUUUACCCUAACAGACUGAACUGUUUCCCCUUCAGUUGAAGAUCCUUCUGGACCAGGUGGAGGAGGCUGUGGGAGACUUUGAUGAGUGCAUCCUGCUCAGACCUGACUCUGCUCUGGCACAGGCUCAGAAAUGCUUUGCC